AUGGAGGCCCAUCCUAGGCCGGAUCCUGCCCCCCUUAAGGGAACAGAUAAACUUAUUGGCGGCCCUUCUUCUGCAUCUGCUGUAUGCAAGCAAGGAAAUCAGGAGCUGCAGCUAGAAUUAGUAUCGGUAAUAAAAAGUAACAAAAUAUUAUCGGAGUGUCUUGCAAAGACACGGCAGCGCCUUAAGGCAGCAGAGGAGGAGCGCAUGCAAUUAGCAGCAGAUUUACGGUGUCUAUGCAGCCGUCUUGCUGCUACUGUUGCUGCAUUCGAAGGUAAACAUAAAGCAGCAGCAGCAGCAGCAGCAGAUAACAGCUGCAGCAACACAGAGGCAGUAGAGCAGCUGCUUAUAUUAUCUGAUUUCUUACAUAUUAAGCUGCAGCUGCUGCUGCAGGGACAUCUAGCUAAUGAUCAGCAGCAGCAGCAACUGCAGCAGAUAACAGAUGUAACAGAUGCAGCACACAAACAGCAACACCAGCAGCAGCUGCUGCUGCAGCAGCAGCAGCAGCAAUCCAAGCAGCAAGAACCGCAGCAGCAACCGCCACAGCAGAAACCGCAACAGCAACCGCAGCAGCAGCAUCAACCCUUGCAGCAACAGCAACUACCAAUGCAGCUGCAGGAACCGCCAAUACAGCAGCAGCAGCAGCAGCAACAGCAGCAGCAGCAGCAGCAGAAGCCGCAGCAAUUCAAAGACGUACUAAGGGAGAAUGAGCGACUGCAGCAGCAGAAUCAACAUCUGCUGCAGCAGCUAGGUAUGCUGCAGCAGAAUACAGCAGCAGAUAUCCCCACAACACCGCAGCACCAUCAGUCGUGGCCAGCAGCAGCAGCAGCAACACCAGCAGCAACACCAGCUGCAGCAGCAGCAGCAAGCACAAAGGAGCCAGAAACUGCUCCUACUUCUUCUGUGUCUUGGGAUCCAAUAGACACCGCCACAUAUAAAUGCCCCAUACGCAUGCAGCAGCAACAGCAGCAGCAGCAGCAGCAGCAGCAAAGGCGGAUAAGUUCGGGGGAGCUGCGGGAUCACUCAGAGUGGCGGAAGGGAAGCAGCAGCAGCAGCAGCACUUUGCCAGACACAGCAGCAGCAGCAGCAGAGAGUGCAGUAUCAGCAGCAGCAGCAGCAGUAGCAUUUUCACAGCCGGGAUCGCAAAGCUCCAGGCAGCUGCAGCAGCAGCAACAGCAGCAGCAGCAACAGCAGCAACAGCAGCGGCAGCAGCAGGCAGCAUCAAACCCGGUCUCCCUCGCAGACUGUUGUCGUCUCCCUUCAGAAACAGCAGCAGCACCAGCAGCAGCAACAGCACCACAGACACCUGCUGCUGCUGCUGCAGCAGCAGCAGCAGCAGAUGCUGCAGAUGGGCCUGAUGAAGGGAUGAUUUCUCCUACCUCUUCUUCUUUAGAUACAAGUCGCAGUUCGUCAUCUUGCGGCUCUAGCCUUCCCUCUUACCGUUCCCCUGCUGCUUCAGCAGCAGCAGCAGCAGCAGUAGCAGCAGCAGCAGCAGCAGGAAGACUACGGCGUCCUUCUUGUGUCCCUUGUAUAUCAACACAGAAGGCAGGGGCAGGGUCAUGGAUGGGGGGCCUCAAGGAACCAUCAGAGUACCCUGUAGGCAAUUAA